AAUUCCUUCCCGAAAUGCACCCAUUCCCAAAAUGGCCCUCUGCUCGCCAUGGCCUCACCUGGACGACCUUUAAAAAUCCCCAAACCCUAAUCUUCUUCUCUCGACCUCGCUUCCCCUCCGGCCCCUUGGAUUCGAAAGGUCAAGAUAAUUGUUAACGAGUACCAAAGUUCUGGUGGGGCCUGGUGGCCUAAAUGAUGGCUGCUGGCCAACAAAAGAAGCGAUUGGCGAGUUCUAAUCUGCAUGAGAAAUGCAGAUGGAAGAAGAAGAAGAAGAAGAGGGAUUCCUCUGAUUACAUGUUGAAUUUCAAAUCUCGUGUACAUCUGGAGUGGGAUGAGCGCCUAAAAAAAGCUCUAGCAAAGAGUGAGCAAAUUGGGGUAGCAUGGAGAGACAUGGCCCCUUUUAUCGAUGGUGCACCGCGUUUCCAUCUAGCUGUGGCUGAUGUCUUUUCUGUUCCUCGAGAAAUCUUCAACCUGGAUAAUUUGACAGAACUGCUUUCUUAUGAGGUUUGGGCCACAUGUCUUUCAGAAUCAGAGAAAGAGCUUCUCAAACAGCUUCUCCCAAGUGGGAUGGGUGCAGAGCAAGUAGUCCAUUCUUUGCUUGCGGGGGAAAACCACCAUUUUGGAAAUCCUUUUCUCAAAUGGUCAUCUUCACUUUGUUCUGGUGACCUUCAUCCUGAUAAUGUUCUUCGAGUUGAGCGCCAAUGCAGAGAUGACAAGGUGUCAUAUUACAGGGAGCUAAAUAAAUAUCAUCAUGAUAUGAUUGAGAUUCUUAAAGGGUGGAAAGAGAUAUGGGACAGCAGCGAGGAUCCAGAGAAGCUUCACAGAAAAUGGUUGGGCAAGCACACACAAGAAGGUUUGUUAGUUUCAGCAGAAGGAAUGAGAAAUGCUCUUAAUAUCAAUAAGAUUCCGCAUGAAGUUUGCUUCACUGAAGACAAUGCUUCUAAAUAUAUGUCCUAUAUCAAGAUAAGCAAGAAGCAGCUCCAGCUUGUUAAAAAUUUGAAGCAAAAUGGUGAGGGAAUUCCCCCGAAGUCUCUACACCGUGUGUUGGGUGACAUUAAAGAUUUUGUUGUGGAGCCAUAUGAAGUGUAUGAAGAAGGUGAAAAAAAGAAGCUGCAUGAUCUCUGGUCAAGACUGGCUAAUGAAGAUGUCUCAGAAGCUUUUGAUGAAUGGGAAGAUAGGAAACUACAGAGAGAGAAAUGGGGCAGAGAUUUGAAGCAUGAACUCUCUGAAUCAAACAAAUUAAUGGAGGUUGAGGUAGAGAAGACGAAACUCGAGACCUCACUUGAAUCCCAGGUUGACAAUGAGGAAUCCAAACACCUCCCAACUAUGGAUAUGCUUGAUCAAGAAGAUGUGAGCUCCCCAUCAAACUCUCCACAAGACCAUGGCCUGAAGCUUGUUCCUUCUCUCAAUAAUCCUGUGGAGCUCAAUCGAGAGAGUGCCAUGGAACCCAGGGAUCAGGAGGCAUUAGGCCAGGGUGCAUCAAAACCAGCAGAGACUUCUCCAUUUUAUUCAAAUUUUGUUGAGAACACCACAGAGGACAUAGUUAAACAAAAGGAUCAGAAAUCAUUGCGUGAAUGUAUGCUAAAACCACCAGGAAGUUCUCUCAGUGUGCCAUUUGUUGCUAAAAGAAAUUUUGCCGAGAAUUUAAUGGAACAGGUACCCGUGUCUGUUAGAACCACCCAGGAUUCAUACUACAAAAGUGCCUCAAGGAGCCGUGAACACCCUACUGUUGGUGGUCUCUCUCUCAGACAGCCUCAACCUCUGGAAAAUCAUCUACCUUCUCAGAUGAUAGAUUUAGAAAAUAAUGUUAGAAAACAAGAAAUGAGGGAAGCCGAUGUAUCAUUCCGCGCAUAUGUUAACCAAGAGCGCACUGACCUUCUUCCACCCCUUCUAGGUGGACCUCAAAUGUUGUCCUCAUACCCGCAGCAGCAUAUUAAUGGCUUGGAACAACCUGGGUUACAGUUCUUGAUGGCAAAUGAUAACUUGUCUGGAUCUACUCGGUUCUCCCAUCAGUUUCAGGAGCAACAGCAGUUGAUGGAGCAGAGACAAGCCCGGGAAAAGGAGCUUUACUUGCAACAGAUGAUGACUAAGAACAUCUAUUCCAAUGGAAGACAUCCAAUUGAGAGGCACUUUCCAUCACUUGGUCCACAGAGUUUGGCUGCAUUGCCACCUUCUCUCAAUGGUGGAAUACGACGCCAUAAUUGGUACAGUGAUGAACAUCUGGCUUCAAACGGUUGGCCUGGACUUGAUUCAUCAAGUAGUGUUCAGAGCUUGGGAGAUGGUGUCGCCACCGAUGGGAGCCUCUUCAGUGUUUUAUCUGAGUGUAGUAAGCUGCCAUCACGUGAAUCUUUCGAUGACAAUAGAAGCUCAGAACAAUUUGUGCAAGUGAGACAUUCUGUUGGUGAUGGUGGCAUCACUGGCGACGGGAACAUCUUUGGAUACACCCCUCGACAACCCAGCAGCUCAACAAGCCAUGAAACAGUGGUUGUUAACCCUACUGCAUCUUCUCUGAAUAACAUGCAAUGGAUGAACUUCCCAAAUCAGAACCAGAGGUCUUGGAACCAAUAACAUGAGUUUUUAGGUCAGUUAAUAAAGGUGAACCGGUGAAUUUCUGGUGACAAAAUACAAGCAGAUGAAAAAAAGUUCCAAAUUCUGUAUAUAUUUACUCAGUUCUCUAUAUGUAUUUAAAUAUCGAGAAUCGAGAUGCAUAGAUCUGCAGUGCCUCUUGUUUGGCUGGUAAUUUUGACAGAAGCAGAUAGCUUUUCCCCCUUUUUUUUUAACUUAUGUCUUUUCCCCCGGAGGCAUGAUACUAUGUUUUGUAGGAUUUGGCUUCCUUAAUAAAGCAUUGAUUCUUGAAA